UCAAUGAUUGGAUAAAAUUACUUACCCUAAGGAUGGGCAUAGGGGGUCACGUUUAUGUUUAAAGCUUAAUUUAUCUACUGUCAGUUUUGCUCAUCUUAUAUUCUUCGAGUUCAAUAUUUAUUAAAAAAAAUCGUUCCACACUAAACUAAAAAUGUAAGAAACAAUUAUUAGUGAAAAAAUUAAGCUUCUGUUUAUUAUACAGAUGUCAAAGUAUAGUAGAUUUCUAGGCAACUUCGUGUGUACUCGAGUUCCCACUAAGUGUGUGAAAAAGGUCGUGAAUUUGAUAGAAUAUCGAUUAGUUGGCGAAUUUGCUGUUGCUGUUGCUUCUGCUUUUUUAAUUAUUAUUCAUUAUUAAAAAAGAAAAAGAUUGUUGAAAUGCAAAAUAUUUCUUAUAAACGGAAUCACACAUGUUUUGUCAUUUUUAUUUUAUGACGAUUAAAUGGCAAAAGCAACACAAGUAUAAAUAUAAAGUUCCGUCUGACUCCAUGAGUAUUCAAGAGGCUGAGAGAUGCCAAUUUCUAGAAUUUUAUAGGUGUUCAAUUAAAUUUAAUUGAAGAUUCUGAAAAAGAGGACUCAAAUACGUAAGAAAUACGUACUCAAUGCCGAUUUUUCUCAAAUGAUUAACUUUUAAAACAAUGAACGUGACAUUCAACAACAAAAACGGACAUUUGGGACUAAAUAGUUUAAGAGGCAGAUACUUAAGUAUGGAAUAACUAUCUAAACUUGAAGAAAAUAGAAUUGCAAUAAAUAGAAAUUAAAAAUGGAUUACGGGAGCAGCAUGGGGCCUGUAGCAUGUCCAGUUUGUACCCUCUUUCUACGAGAGGGAAUCAGUUUACAAAAACAUUUAGAUACACAUCCAAAAGAGCAAGUGAUUGAGGCUCUUAUAAAAGCAAGUGCUUCCGUCCCAAAUCAAAUACAGGAUUCACAAAAUCAGAUAUCACCAUUACCAAGUCAAAUAUCACCAUUACCAAGUCAGAUAUCGCCAUUACCAAAUCAAAUUACAUCUCCGUCACCAGUAAAUUCAGCCUCUCAUGUAUCGUCUCCGUCUCCUUAUCCAGUGGGUCCUGUUUUUGAAUGCCCAUCAACAUUAAAUGCAGUACUCUCGCCUCCACAAUUUUCAUCGUUUAGUUAUCAACAGUUUGUUAAUAAUGGAACUGUUAUGAUACCUCAAUAUGCGAUGGCACCACAGAAUAAUCAUAUGAUGCAAAUGCUUUAUUCUCCCUAUGGCAUGUAUCAUCAACAGCCAAUUUCAACAAUGCAAAUGAUUUCACCUGUUGCUCACAAUGCAGCUGCUGCAGCAGCAGCAGCAGCAGCCGCCGCCGCCGCUGCAACCGCUACUGCUUCUUCAUCCGAUACAAAUUCACCAAUAAGAUUUAAACCCACAAAUGAUACCGUUAAAUUGAAUUCUUCAACUGAAAAAUCAUACAAUUGUCCUGAAUCAAGACCUGUUAUACCUGAAAUUUUAGAGGAUAAUGAAUUACUCUCAAAUACUGAAAUAGCUUCAAAAGAUCAACAGGACAAAUGUGAUCGAACCAACAAUCAAAGAGUCGAAUAUCGUGAACAACAAACACAAGCAUCAAAUGAAGAAGAACGCAAUGACGAAUCACCCACUGAUGAUGAAAUUAUGAGAGAAAAUAAUACAAAUUUAGAACAAAAAGAAAUAGUAACACCUGAAUUAAUAAUCGAUGAUAGUGUCAUUGAUGAUAAAACAUCUGAUGAUUCUGAUGUUGAAGCAACUGAUCCACUUGACAAACUUGAACCAGAAAAACCCGAAGAAGAAGAAGAAGAAGAGGAAGAAGAAGAAGAUGAGGAGGAGGAAGAAGAAGAAGAAGAAGAGGAGGAGUCAAAUAAAACAUGGAAACCCGAUCAAAGAAAAUCGCCGGAAGUUGAACAAUUGGAACACCUUUUGAUAACAAUUAUAGAAUCAGAUUACAACGAUACUAAUAAUGAAAAAAUUCCAAUGGAUAGUGAUGACAGUGAUACAUCAUCUGAUUUAAAUAAAUCAACAAAUAAUUUAAAUUUAAAUGAAAAAACUUAUCACUAUAAACAUAGUUUGUCAGCGCCGUCGUCUCCAAUUUUCUUUAAAAAAUCACACAGAACACAUUCACGUUUAUCAUUGAGAGCUGAUUUUCGUUCAAAUGAAAAUAUAUCCACAUAUCCUCUUGGAUUUGAAGCGACAGCUUUAGAAAAUUUUGCCGAUAGAAAAAAUGAAGAGGAUCCAGAUGCUGAUAUGGAGGAAAUUGCAUCAACUGUUCUAUUUAAAGAAUGUCAUGAGGACGAACCAAUGAGAUCAUAUUCACCAUCAUCAAUUGGUAGCAAUAAUUCAAUUCUUCGUGUGCGUACAGAUCUUAAUAAUGCCACUCCUCUUUUAUCGAAUCUACAUAUUGAUAAUUUUCAACAAUUCGACACAUCAAUAACAGAUGAUAAUCUACCUAAAAAUAUUCAAGAAGAAAAUUUCAAUAAUGAAUUAGAAUCUCCAAUAGUGGAGAAAAAAAUAAAAGAUGAGAAACGAAAGGAAAAUAAUCAAAUGGACAAUAUUAAUAUUGAAAAUACAUCAUUGUUGACAAAAAAUUUAGAUGCAGAUGAAUCGACAAAUUCAAAGACUGUGGAAUCAAAUAAAAUAGUCUUUCAAAAGCCAUCAACGGAAGUUUUUAAUAUUAAUGAAGACGCUCAUAGUGGUCCUAUGAAUGUUUUUGAAUUUGAUGGUUUACAAAUAUUGGUACCAAGCACAUUUAUAAGUGAACCAUCUGAUAAGGCCAUUAGUGGUACAAGUCAACAAUCAUUGUCAAGCAGUGAAGGAGGAACUUGCAUUGAUGAAGAAAUAAAAAGUAUUAAUAUGCGAGCCGAUGAAAGUAUGCCACCAAGAGGGGAAUUAUCAGAACAAGAAAGCAAUGAAUGUACUGAUCAAUCCACAUGGCAGAUUUACAUUGGCCAAGAAGCUUCACGUAUGUCAACAUCAUAUGAUCUCAUGGCACGUGAAACCUGGGAAGAAUCAGAGGGUUCAGACAAUGAAAUUGGAGGAUCACUUUUAGAUUCUAGAUCACUAGCCACUCAUUUUACAUCAAGUUUGUUUUUAGAUCGUGAUCGUAAGACGCCGACGCGUCGAAUUUUUAAAUGUGCAUAUUGCACAGAAGGUUUUGAAUGUCCUAAAGAACGUCGAGUUCAUAUGACAACAAUUCAUAAAAAUGCCGGUGCCAGUAACAGUCAAGAACCAAUUCAACAAACGGAAAUAAAGGACAUUAAAUUAUUGGAGGGACGCAUGAAUAUGUUUGAAGAUAUUUUCGUUGCUGGAUUACAUGUUCCACAAACAUAUCAUCAACCAUUGUUACAUCAAUUACAACCACCGCAACAACUUGAUCAAGGACGUGUUGACACUGACAUAAAAGUAGAUAAUUUAAGAGUUUCAAAUGCAAUUGAAAUAACAUGCAAUAUUUGUAACCAAAGUUUUUCCGGUGAAAAGUCAUUGCAAAUACAUCAACGACGAAUGCACAUUAAAGAUUCAGUUAAACGCGUUAGGGAAAAUGCAAAAUGUCAAAUUUGUAAUCAAGAAUUUCCCUCAGUUAUUUUAUUUAAUGCACAUUUAAAAAUUCAUCCCCUUGAAUGUGGCCAGUGUGGUAAGUAUUUUUAUAGAAAACAAAAUUUCAAAUUACACGUAAAACGUCAUCUUGGAAUAAAACCAUUCCCAUGUACAGUUUGUGACAAAGCAUUUUUAACAAAACAAAAACUUGAUGAACACACAAAUGGCCACACUGGCAAUGCACCAGUUAAAUGCAAUUUAUGUAAUGAAACAUUUAGACGUUAUUCAAAUUUAACGCAACACAAAAAUCGUCAUCAUUUGCAUGUGAAGAAAAAGUUAAAGGACUAUAUUUGUCAUUGUGGGGAAAUAUUUCACACUAAAAAGAAAUUAGCAUGGCAUAAGGAGACACACGAUGAAAAACCAAAAGCAUGUACAUACUGUAACGAAAGAUUCAUUCAUAUGGCAAGUUUAACUCGUCAUAUGAGACGCGCUCAUAAUCGAAGAUUUGUUCCUGAUGCUCAAAGAGAAAGUGAAAAUGUUGAAUGUCCAAUAUGUAAAUGCAUUUAUUUACGAUCAUCAUUAGCUGUACAUAUGAGAGUUCAUAAUGGAGAGCGACCCUAUGAAUGUCAAGUUUGUUCUAAAGCGUUUAGUACAAAAUGGAAUUUACAGCUGCAUAAAUGGACGCAUGCAGCAAGAAGUACUAAACCAUUUAAGUGCAAUCAAUGUAAUGCUGCUUUUUAUCGACAUAGUGAUUAUACAGCACAUAUGAAUUCUCACAGGAAUGUUCGUCCAUAUACGUGCAAUUACUGUGGGGCUCAAUUUAUUAGAAAAUACAAUUGCCUUAGGCAUGUUAAAGAACACGAAGAAAAUAAAGCUUAUACAUGUGAUGUUUGUAACAAAACUUUUCAUAGAUCAUAUUACCUCAAAGAACAUUUACGUGUGCAUUCUGGUGCAAGACCAUAUUCCUGUCAUAUUUGUGGUAAAUCAAGUAGCACUAAAUCCAAUCACAAUAAGCAUGUGAGAAUUCAUCAUGCACGUGAACCUGUAAAUACCGAAAAUUAAUCUCUGCUUCGUGUGUAUGUUCAUUUUUAAUCAUUUUUUUUUCUUCGUUUUUUUAAGCGGCUUUUAAAUCAGUGUAUGCCUCUUAAAAAAAAAUUUUUAGUAAAAAUAAAAAUUGACUUUAUUGUCAAGUGUGCCUGUGCGGCUAAAAAAAAUUUUAAUGUAAUUUUUAUUAUUAAAUUCUUGAAAUAUU